UGCGCGCGGAGCCGAAGCCGUUCGUUCCGUGCAGCGGAGUGAGUCGGUGGGAAGGGGAACCCGGUCCUCCGCCUCCAGGCUCUUUGUUGGUGCUCGGCCUCCGCGGCACAAACACGCUGGGACACACCACUCGGAUACUCGGGACUACUUCGUGGGCGAGCAAAAGUAUUUUUGGCUGCUGUGCUAAAAAAACCCUCCAGAGCACCUCACACAAUCGUGAAGUCGGCCCCCCCUGAAAUGGGAUGGGCCACCGGCAGAGUCUCUGAAGAACCAGCAGCCUCCAGACCGACCCCAGAGACCCCCUACCACAACGCAUAGGAACACACAAACCAAAAGGCACGCCAGGCCCCCCGUGCUGGACUGUCAGGACCGCCCCCGCCGGGAAUCAUGUCGGGGAUCCCCCCAGCGACCGGAGGUCCGCCCCAGCUUGCCAACAUGCCCCCCCCAGAGGUGAUCAACCCGGCCACACCCGGGAGGAAGACCAACCAGCUGGCGUACAUGCAGAACGUGGUGGUCAAGUCUCUGUGGCGCCACCAGUUCGCCUGGCCCUUCUACCACCCCGUCGACGUGGUCAAGCUGGGACUGCCGGAUUAUUACACGAUCAUAAAGACCCCUAUGGACAUGGGGUCGAUCAAGAAGAGACUGGAGAACAACUACUACAGCAGCGCCGGAGAGUGUAUGCAGGACUUCAACACCAUGUUCACCAACUGUUAUAUAUACAACAAGCCUACGGAUGACAUCGUGCUGAUGGCCCAGGCGCUGGAGAAGGUGUUCCUCCAGAAGGUGUCCCAGAUGCCCCCUGGACAUGAGGAGGUCCUGCCUGCUGCUGCACCCAAAGUGAAGCCCAAGAAACCCACCACCCCAGGCGGUCAGGACGGCACAGUGACCUCCUGCACCCCCGCCACACCUCCACCGUCCUCAGAGCUGGGGAUGAACUCCUCCACCUCCAACUCCUCCUCGCUGCCCAACUCCCCCACCCAGUCUUCUGUCAAAACGCUGAAGAGGAAGGUCCUCUCGACCCCGCCGCCGGCGCUCCCGGCCGCCGUCAAGGUGGCGUCGCCGCCGGAGAGCGAGGCGUCCCUGGAGAAGAAGCGGCGCGAGAGCACGGGGCGGCCCAUCAAGCCGCCCAAGAAGGCGCUGGCGGAGGAGGAGGAGACGGCGCAGCACGCCACCAAGAGGGGCCGCCUCACGGAGCAGCUGCGCUUCUGCGAGGGCAUCCUGAAGGAGAUGCUGUCCAAGAAGCACGCGGCGUACGCCUGGCCCUUCUACAAGCCCGUGGACGCCGAGGCCCUGGCGCUGCACGACUACCACGACAUCAUCAAGCUGCCCAUGGACCUGGGCUCCGUCAAGAAAAAGAUGGACGAGCGGAAGUACCACGACACUCAGGCGUUUGCGGCGGACGUCCGAUUAAUCUUCUCAAAUUGUUACAAAUACAACCCUCCGGAUCACGAAGUGGUCGCCAUGGCCCGGAAACUCCAGGACGUGUUCGAGAUGAGGUUCGCCAAGAUGCCGGACGAGGCGGUGGACCUGAGCUCGCCGGGGGGCGGGACCCCGAAGAACGCCAAGUUCAGCCUGAACAGCGGCAACUCCUCGGUGUCGGGCAUGUCGGACGGCGAGGAGGACCACGCCAGCCGCCUCGCCGAGCUGCAGGAGCAAGUGGGCGCUGAACAGCAUCAGAACGGUAGUGAAUUGGGGAGAAAUGGGUGCAGCGACAAUGAUCAGCUGAAAGCCGUGCACGAGCAACUGGCGGCGCUGUCCCAGGCGCCCGGCAGCAAGCCCAAGCGGGCCAAGGAGAAGGACAAGAGGAGGGAGGGGCGGCCGGGAGAGGAGAAGAGGAGCUCCAAGCCCGCCAGGCCGGGCCAGCAGAAGAAGACCUCCAAGAAGUCCUCCAGCAGCAGCCUCAAGAAGGGGCCGAGGGAGUACGACUCUGACGACGAGUCCCUCCCCAUGACCUACGACGAGAAGAGGCAGCUGAGCCUGGACAUCAACCGCCUGCCGGGAGGCAAGCUGGGCCGGGUGGUCCGCAUCAUCCAGACCCGGGAGCCCUCCCUGAGGGACUCCAACCCCGACGAGAUCGAGAUCGACUUCGAGACGCUGAAGCCGUCCACGCUGCGCGAGCUGGAGCAGUACGUCAAGUCCUGUCUGUACAAGAAGAUGAGGAAACCGGGCGAGGAGGGAGCGGCUGGGAACAGCGACAGCAGCAGUUCGUCUGACUCAGCCAGCAGUAGCUCCAGUGAUUCCAGUUCAGACAACAGUGAGCCCGACUGAGUUCCAGGAUCGUGGAGCGAGAUAACGGACAAUGUGAUUAGAGCAGUACAAUGAGGCACGACCUCCAUCUUAUAGUUUGUGUUGUCAUGGAAACCACAUUAGGGAGGGGAGGGAGGGGGCGGCCCUCCUGAAGGUUCUGCUCUACCGACGAGUCUCUCCCUGGAUAUGUCACACGUCCAUCGUGACAUCCACCCUGACACGAAGUCCACCCACACAACUAUCACAACAUCGUCAUGAUCUCCUGUCGCAAUAUCUAUCGCAAUACCCAAAUUGACACAAUAUCCACCAUGAUAUGAUGCUAUCCACUCUAUAAUCUGUCACGAUAUCCCACACAAAUAUACCACCACCUCCAUCGUGAUACUCGCCACAUCUAUGUCAUGACCUCUCUAUCGCGAUUUAUAUCGUGAUAUCCACAAUCACAUGUCCACCACAAUGUAUAUCAUGAUACCCACCACAAUAUAUUGCCGUCGAUCUAUAUCGCGAUAUCCAUCAUGAUCGUCCAUGUAGGCAGGAGGCUGUAAAAAGGGGUGUGUGUGUGUGUGUGUGUGUGUGUGUGUGUGUGUGUGUGUGUGUGUGUGUGUGUGUGUGUGUGUGUGUGUGUGUGUGUGUGUGUGUGUGUGUGUGUGUGUGUGUGUGUGUGUGUGUGUGUGUGUGUGUGCGCGCGCGCGCGCGUGUCACACACUCUUGUUUUGUUGUACAGCCGAUCCGAUGUGCAUAUCUGUGUGGUCCAUGGCAGCUGAAGGUCUUUCAACCUCUACACAUUUGUUUUGUACAAAGAAAAUUUAAUCUGACCGCAUGAUUGGAUGGAUUUGAAUGUCGGUGCAUAGUCUUGAGUGUGUGUGUGAGGGUCAGUUUGGGUUAUGAUCACUGAUUAAAGGUUGUGAGGAAUCUGUCGUAGGUGGAGGUUUAAGACGUGUCUACCUUAGUGGUGAGGGGCUCCUUAGUGUCUGAAUGUAUGGUGAAGUGGCUCCCUGUUGAACUCAGUGAAUAGACUUAUCCUGCUCUGGUUCUCUGCUCGGAAAAAUAUGGUUUCAAUAACUUUUUUGGAAAAAUGUAAAAUACAUUUUAUAAAAAUAAACGAAAACAAAACAAACAAAAAAAGGAUAUUCUCUGUUAUAUUUAUUUUUAUGCCCAGAUAUCUAUGUUCACGUUUCUCCGCCUUAAGUUGUCUCUGUUAUAGUUUUUUUCAUUUUGUCGAUUUUUUUCUGAAUGUUGUUUUCUCAUUGGUCAAAUGCUGACCAAGAACAUGUAUAUAAAUAUAUAGAUAUUUUCAAAUCUAACUUCUUUUUUAUGCUUUUGUUGUAAUAUGAUAGCCUCUUUUUAUAUAUAUAAAAAAGGAUUUCUACUUUUUAUUUUUAACAUGCAUGGAGAUUUGUUGUACCUCAAUUUAGCUUUCUUUUUUUAAGUCUUGUUUUAAGGUGUCUUCUUUUUAUGUUGCCCAUAAAAGGACUUGUGUAUCCUCUGUAAAUAAGUUUAGGCUUGCUCAUGUAAAUGUCUGCCAUAAUCAACGAGUAGAAGUUAUCAUUUAAUGUUUCUGCAAAACUGUAAUAAGAGCUAACUUCCUUUUUGGUUUUUCUUCAAUAAAUACAACAAGAAGCCUGA